UUGAAAUUUGAAGCCAUGGUUAUUGACUCCAUUCUGACAUCUCCUCGUCUCAACUCUCCAUCUUUCAGGAGGCAGUUUAAAAAGGAUGAACUGGGUAGUUGGUCCACACUUUUCCAUAGGCAUCGCUUCCUCUUAUCUACUCUUGUUCUGCUAACUCUCCUCUGCACUAUUUAUCUUUACUUUGCUGUCACUUUAGGGGCUAGUGGCACCUGUUCUGGUUUGACUGGAGCGCAGAAAGCUUCAUGCCAUAUGGAGCUUGUUAAGGAUUCUGUGGCCAAGGGUAAACUGAAAAUUCUUUGAUAUUUCAAAAUAUAAUUACAGGGAAUAUUCUUUCUUUAUUUUUGCCUGAGUAUAGGUGACAUGAUGAAAUCCAAAUAUAGUCUCCGGCUACAGUAUCAAUCAGUGUGACUGUGAUAUGUAUACAUACUAUUAUUUAUCUUGGU